UGCCCACCUAUAACGUAGAUUAUAUUCUCUAUUCUCUUUGAUGGUGUUAUUGUAAAUUGUUAUUUGUUCAUGGCGGAUGGUGUAUAGAUUUAAAAAGUUGACAUUUUGUUAUUAUUCAUGUUAAGUAAAAACGGAUAACUAUUGGAAACCUACCCCUAGUAAAAAGUGAUUUAAUCUGUGUUUGUUGUAACUCUGAACCAAAUAUACAAACCUGUCACCCUGUGCCAAUUAUGUACCGGAAAAGUAAACUUCUGGAGAAAAACUAAGUCGAAACAAACCAAAUACCAUUAUCAUUUUUAAAAAAAACUUAUUUUUAUUCAAUGUUAUACUUGAGUCUUCAAUCCUGUGCAUCAAUACGUUAUGUUUAUGUUCGGUGUUAUGAUUACACAUUGAUUUAAAAUGUACUGUUUAAACGAAGAAAAAUAAGUAAAUAAAUAAUUUAUAGAAGAUAAGGCUGAAACAGUAAGUAAACCUGUUGAUAAAUAGUUGAAUAAUGAGUUCUGCACUUAAAAGUGAAGGCGUAUCUUCGCAAAACUCCAAAUCAACUGCUCAUGACCAUGCAGAAGAUAAUGGAGUUGCCAGUCUGAAAAGGAAAAACUUUGUUAAAGCUUGUGAACUGGUGUCACAGAAAGCUUAUUUGAAUUAUGCUGAACGCUUUCAAUUGUUAUAUAUGCCAGUGUGCAUGGAUAGAGAUUCUUGCAUACAUGCUUCUACUAAGCCAGGUAAAAUAACAGAGAUUCCACUAAAAGUAACAAGGUUAUUCAAUAUUGAAAUGGAAGCAAGUAAUUGGUGUGGAGCAUUGGAAGUCUGUAUAAUGUCCAUUACACCUAUACAGUAUCUAUCUGAUGUUGUGCUUAAAGAAAUUGUGGAGAUUAUGCUGAAUGCACACGAAGAUCUUUCUUCCGGAUACACAAUUUCACAAGUGUUAGACAAAUGUGAACUAGUACUAGCAUUGAAUUUUAGUACACACUGCCCCUGUUUGAAUACAAAUAUACGAAAAGUCUAUACAAACUUUCUAACAUCACCAAUGGACAGUAAAGAUAAAACAUCUUCUAACAGGACACAGUUUGGAAGUGAAGAGGGCAUUGUUAAUUUUUGUCUAAAUAGAUUAGAGUAUGAAAUAAGUGCUGAUAGUUCAGACGGUGGAUUACUAGACAAAACUGCAGAAACGCCGGAAGAGUUAAGACAAACAAUAAAAGGACUGUUUUAUCAGAAGAAACAGUUCGAAAUUUUUGAGAUGCUAGAUCGCACUGAGAGAAUAAAUAGACUAAUGGCAGUACUGCAUAGUAUUGUUGAGCUUAUACAAUUCGAUCUUGCUAUUUGGCAAUCAAUUCUGAAUUCAGACCACAAAAAACAAUUGAGAGGAAAUAAAAUGCUUAUGGCAUAUAUUUUGGGACAAAAUAACUGUUUAGUUACAGAAAACUGUUCUCGGAUAUUGAAAAUAUUCUCAUACUUUAUACACUUAGAUUAUCCCGAAGAACAUAUAAAAACUAUGACCCUUUGGCUUAAUGCAGUUAUGGAAGUAUUUUUUAUGGAUCAACCAAACGCAAAUAUUAACUAUCCAAGCAUUGGCAGGUCUAGUAUCGCAGUUAUAAAUGAAUUCUAUGACAUUAUCUCAGAUCUACCACCAAAAUCAAUUAUCAAAAUACUGGAAAGAAUAAAACCAGCGCAUAUAAGACACCAAAUAAGUCAUCACCAUUCAAAUAAUUUGUUAUCAUCUGACGAAAAAGAGACCUUAAGGAUUUUAAUUGACUUUGUAAAAAAUACCAAAUGGAAAGACCUCCCUACAAAUGAAAGUAAUUUGGUAAUGCUUAAGAAAUUAAACGUAAAAAGGGUAAAGCCAAAUAAACUUUUACAACAUCUUUCGCAGAUUUGCAACAAUCCACCAAAAAAUUUAAGUCAUACUAACAAUGUAACCUAUCCAAAAUUCCAUCCCUGUCCUACCGCUGAAGAUUGUGAGAUAGACCAAAACUUGAUAAUUAGUACAUUGUAUAUCACAUUACAAUCUUACUUAGAGGCAUAUGGAAUUCAAAUAUUUCAAGAAACAUUGCAAAAACUAAACGAAGAUUUAACUUUAGGAAAUACAUCGGAAGACGUGUUAGUUACGAGCUCACUUGAUUCAAGGUCAUGUUACGCUGUAUCGGAUACAUUUGUGAAGAUGUACAGACAAAUUUAUGAAAUGUUAAAAGAAUUAAUAUGGACGAUAAAUGAAAUGGAGUCGAGAUACAAAUCUCAAGAAAUACUAAGAGUUUUAAAAAGUUUAUUUGAUUGGAAUGUCACAAAUUAGAAAUACGGAUAACAAAAUACAAAUUAGGAUACGUUUGCAACGUCCCAUUUAUGAGGCUCGAGCCAAUGGCGCAGCUGAAACGCUUUCGUAAGGACGUAGAUGCGGCGCUUGCGUUUGAGACUGGGACCUUGCUCAUCAGAUACGUCGUAUUUUCCAUGUAUCUGGUGACACAAGAGUAUGCACUUAUUAAAUUUUAAAUUCAUAGCAUUAGUCAUGCAAUCAAGAAGGAAAUUAGUGGGGGAACAGCGUCUUUUACUAGUUUUUUUCCCUUAUUUUUGUCAAUGGGCUAACCUAAUAAUAAUUAGUUUUUUUAUUCUUAAUCUUAUUCUAAUAUAUAAAGCUGAAGAGUUUGGUUGUUUGUUUACUUGAACGCGAUGAUGGUCCUAUUUGAAAAAAUAUUUCUGUGUUGGAUAGCCCAUUUGUCGAGAAAGUAUAUAUAAUCACUCUAGACCAAAAGUAGCAUAGUACCAAUGAAGAAUGUUUCAAAAUCAGUAUUUUUACUUUUGGGACUUCUGCUACGUGCGCUGCGUAAACUGUUACGGUUUCGAUAAAACCAUGUAUGACAAAGUUUUUCACCUUUAAAAGUUCCAAAAAAAAGUCAGCGACAGCUUAUUUCGAAAGGUUGACUUUUACGCGGACAAAGUCUGCGAUAUUUGCAAUUGUGAAAAAAAAUUGGUUGGUUGUUGAUAAUUUUAUGUAAUAACGUGCUUCCGGGUAGAAGAGAGAAACAUGCGUCACAAGCCGAUGGCGCCUCUCUAUCGCUUGUUCCGCGAUCUGCUCAUAAGACGUUAUCACGUAAAUAAGUUGAUUUUGUAUUCAAAUGUAGCCACAAUAUAUUUCGCUAUUAUAACAUGUUAUCAGAUUUAUAGUUUAUUUUAUACGCCCAAUGUAAAUAAAUAAAGUUUUUAUUAUUAUAAAAUCAGGUUUUCUUAUAGAAUUGGGUCUGUUUAUCCAUGAAACUAACAGAUCCAAUUCUGAUCAAUGCAUUUUUUUUUGGAGGUCGUUGUGAUUGAUUGUGAACACAAAAGUCAAAUUUUGUUAUUUUAAUAUAGUGUACAUUAUUCUACUAGUCAAGCCCUUUUAUUUGAUACCCAUUUUGAGCGGCGGCGGCGACGGUCUUCUUGGAUAGUUUUCUCAUCAAACGCAGUGGGGAACAGUUCCGACUAAUUCAUAUUUCAAACAACAAAAAAAAGUCAAGAUUAUUUCAUCCAUUCGGGAAAUAGAAGACACGUCCCGUUAUUGAAAUCAUUGUAAAAAUUCGUUGAUAUUUGGUUGUAUUGUCAUUUCAAUUUCAUCCUAAUUUUUUGUAGAUGUGGAUGAAUAUUAUUGGAGGUAGAGGAGCAGAAC